CCUUGCAACCCCGCAUCCUUGGCACAAUGCAAUUCCUGGUGCUCCUGUGUGUGGUUCUUGCUCUCUCCGAUGGCAUCACCAGGCUGCCCUUGGACAGGGGAAAGAAGCUGAGAGAGAUCCUCCGGGAGAAGGGCUUGCUGCACCGCUUCCUCCAGCAUCACCACUACGACAUCGGCACCAAAUUCCCGCAUGCUUUUCCUGAUGUGCUCACUGUGGUCACCGAGCCCCUGCUGAACACCCUGGACAUGGAAUACUAUGGGACCAUCUCCAUUGGCACCCCUCCGCAGGACUUCACUGUGGUCUUCGACACUGGCUCCUCCAACCUCUGGGUUCCCUCUGUCUCCUGCACCAGCCCAGCUUGCCAAAGCCAUCAGAUGUUUAACCCAUCGCAGUCCUCCACCUACAAAAGCACAGGGCAGAACCUGUCCAUUCACUAUGGCACUGGUGACAUGGAGGGCACCGUGGGCUGCGACACCGUCACUGUUGCAUCACUGAUGGACACCAACCAGCUCUUUGGCUUGAGUACCUCCGAGCCUGGCCAAUUCUUUGUCUAUGUCAAAUUUGAUGGGAUCUUGGGCUUGGGCUACCCAAGUUUGGCUGCUGAUGGAAUCACUCCGGUCUUUGAUAACAUGGUGAAUGAGAGCUUGCUGGAGCAGAACCUCUUCUCAGUCUAUCUAUCCCGUGAGACAAUGGGGAGCAUGGUCAUCUUUGGGGGAAUUGAUGAUUCCUAUUUCACUGGCUCCAUCAACUGGAUUCCUGUUUCUUACCAGGGUUACUGGCAGAUCUCCAUGGACAGCAUCAUCGUGAACAAGCAGGAGAUUGCGUGCAGCAGUGGCUGCCAAGCCAUCAUUGACACUGGCACAUCCCUUGUGGCCGGGCCGGCCUCAGACAUUAAUGACAUCCAGAGUGCAGUCGGGGCCAAUCAGAACUCAUAUGGAGAGUACAACGUGAACUGCAGCCAUGUCCUUGCCAUGCCUGAUGUUGUCUUUGUCAUCGGUGGCAUUCAGUAUCCCGUGCCUGCCUUGGCUUACACCGAGCAGAAUGACCAAGGAACCUGCAUGAGCAGCUUCCAGAAUAGCUCUGCAGACCUCUGGAUCUUGGGAGAUGUCUUCAUCAGAGUCUACUACAGCAUCUUCGACCGGGCCAACAACCGUGUCGGACUGGCCAAGGCUAUUUAGAUCUACUGAGAUGACAGCACUCAACCAGAGCAUGACUGUGUUUUUUAGAGCAGAAAGAGGUCUCUUCUAAGGUGUCCUUGCUUACAUGCAAAUAAAAUGUUGAUGG